AUGGCGCAGCCCGGGGGCGGCGGGGGCUGGCUGGGCGCGCUGCGCUUCGACAACCUGGCUCUGCGCUCGCUGCCCGUGGACGCCUCGGAGGAAAGCGGCCCGCGGGCCGUGCCCGGCGCCUGCUUCGCCCGGGUGCGGCCCAGCCCGCUGCAGAACCCGCGGCUCGUGGCCAUGUCGCUGCCGGCGCUGGCGCUGCUGGGCCUGGAGGCGCCGGAGGCCGACCCGGCGGCGGCGGAGGCCGAGGCCGCGCUGUUCUUCAGCGGGAACCGGGUGCUGGCGGGCGCGGAGCCCGCGGCGCACUGCUACUGCGGCCACCAGUUCGGCAGCUUCGCGGGGCAGCUGGGCGACGGCGCCGCCAUGUACCUGGGCGAGGUGCUGGGCCCGCGGGGCGAGCGCUGGGAGAUCCAGCUCAAGGGCGCGGGCAUCACCCCCUUCUCCCGACAGGCUGAUGGUCGGAAGGUCCUGCGGUCGAGCAUCCGGGAGUUCCUGUGCAGCGAGGCCAUGUUUCACCUGGGAAUACCAACAACACGGGCUGGCACCUGCGUCACAUCUGACUCCAAAGUCGUUCGGGACGUAUUUUAUGAUGGGAAUCCAAAAAAUGAAAGGUGUACAGUUGUUCUGAGAAUAGCCUCUACAUUUAUAAGAUUUGGCUCUUUUGAAAUUUUUAAGCCCCCCGAUGAAUACACAGGACGCAAGGGUCCCAGCGUUAACCGGAAUGACAUUCGAAUACAGAUGCUUGAUUAUGUGAUCAGCACUUUCUACCCUGAAAUCCAGGAGGCUUAUUCAGACAACACUGUUCAGAGGAAUGCUGCUUUUUUCAAAGAGAUAACCAAGCGGACAGCGAGGUUGGUUGCGGAGUGGCAGUGUGUGGGGUUUUGCCAUGGCGUGCUGAAUACAGACAACAUGAGUAUUGUUGGGCUGACCAUUGACUAUGGCCCCUUUGGGUUUAUGGACAGGUAUGACCCUGAGCAUGUUUGCAAUGGUUCUGAUAAUACAGGGCGCUAUGCUUACAACAAACAGCCAGAGAUUUGCAAGUGGAACCUGGGGAAACUUGCUGAAGCUUUAGUUCCAGAGCUGCCCUUGGAAAUAAGCCAACCCAUCCUGGAAGAGGAAUAUGAUGCAGAAUUUGAGAAACACUAUUUGCAGAAGAUGAGAAAAAAACUAGGCCUAAUCCAGCUGGAAUUAGAAGAAGACAGUAAGCUGGUGUCUGAACUGCUUGAAACCAUGCAUCUCACAGCUGGAGACUUCACAAAUAUUUUUUACUUGCUGAGUUCAUUCUCAGUAGACAUUGAUCAUUCAAAAUUUGAAGAUUUCUUAGAAGAGCUUACAAGUCAGUGUGCUUCUGUGGAAGAACUGAAAGUUGUUUUUAAACCACAGAUGGAUCCAAGACAACUGUCAAUGAUGCUGAUGUUGGCUCAGUCUAAUCCUCAGCUGUUUGCAUUAAUUGGAACAAAAGCUAAUAUCAAUAAAGAACUGGAGCGCAUUGAACAGUUCUCUAAACUGCAGCAGUUAACAGCAGAUGAUGUACUUAGCAGAAAUAAAAGACAGUGGAAGGAAUGGCUGGAGAAAUACAGAGUCCGUUUGCAGAAAGAAAUAGAAAGUGUUGGUAAUGCUGAUACCUGGAACACUGAGCGUGUCAAGGUCAUGAAUUCAAACAAUCCAAAAUAUAUCUUGAGAAAUUAUAUUGCCCAGAAUGCCAUAGAAGCAGCUGAAAAUGGGGAUUUCUCAGAGGUAAGAAAUGUACUGAAACUUUUAGAACAUCCAUAUCAAGAAGCAGAAUGUUUCCAGGAGGUAAAGGAAGAUGCAGAAGAGGAGGGAGCAACUGCUACAGCAGCUGUUUGUUCUCAAGAGACCAGAAGCAAACAAUCAUAUUGCAGCAAACCUCCGCUGUGGGCUUCGGAGCUCUGCGUUACGUGAUCUUCUUAA